AUGUUACAAAAUUCUGAAACUGCGACUUAUAUUUGCAGCAAAGAACCUUGUGCUUAUGCUCAAUGGGGCGAACAACGCGGUUGCACACGUGAGGAAAUGAUAUCCUUUUAUGAUUCGGAAGGUAAUGUACCACUGCACUCUGCAGUGCAUGGAGGUGAUAUCAAAGCUGUGGAGUUAUGUCUCAAAUCAGGAGCUAAAAUAUCGACACAACAACACGAUCUUUCUACGCCAGUGCACUUGGCGUGUGCUCAGGGUGCAAUUGAAAUUGUCAAGUUAAUGUUUACAAUGCAACCGCUUGAAAAAAGAAUCUGUCUUAGUUGCACAGACGUACAGAAAAUGACACCUUUACACUGUGCAUCCAUGUUUGAUCAUCCCGAUAUCGUUGAGUAUUUAAUUAGAGAGGGUGCUGAUAUCAAUGCACUGGACAAAGAGCAUCGUUCACCUCUGCUUUUAGCUGCAUCCAGAUGUGGUUGGAAAACUGUACAUGUACUUAUACGUCUAGGAGCAAAUAUAAGCGAAAAGGAUUCGAAUGCACGAAAUGUGCUACACUUUGUCAUUAUGAACGGUGGACGUUUACCAGAUUUUGCUGAAGAAGUCAGUAAGACACAAUCACAUUCACAAUUGGAACAUUUGCUUAAUGAAAAAGAUAAUACUGGUUGUUCACCAUUGCAUUAUGCCAGUCGUGAUGGACAUAUACGUUCACUUGAAAAUCUUAUCCGUUUGGGCGCUUGUAUUAAUCUCAAAAAUAAUAAUAAUGAAAGUCCACUACACUUUGCAGCACGUUACGGUCGUUACAAUACAGUGAGACAAUUGUUAGACUCCGAAAAAGGUUCCUUCAUUAUAAAUGAAAGUGAUGGUGUUGGCAUGACACCUUUACACAUUGCUUCACAGCAAGGACAUACACGUGUAGUACAAUUAUUGCUAAAUCGUGGUGCUUUACUACAUCGGGAUCAUAAUGGACGCAAUCCAUUGCAACUGGCCGCUAUGUCUGGUUAUACACAAACCAUUGAAUUAUUGCAUUCUGUGCAUUCACAUUUACUGGAUCAGGUUGAUAAGGAUGGUAAUACCGCAUUGCAUUUAGCUACAAUGGAAAAUAAGCCUCAGUCAAUUUCUGUGUUGCUUUCAAUGAACUGCAAAUUGCUUUACAAUUAUAUGGACAUGAGCGCUAUUGACUAUGCAAUCUACUACAAAUAUCCGGAGGCAGCUUUAGCUAUGGUUACGCACGAAGAGCGCGCUAAUGAGGUUAUGAUACUAAAGUCCGACAAGCAUCCUUGUGUAACCUUAGCACUUAUUGCAUCUAUGCCAAAAGUGUUUGAAGCCGUACAGGACAAAUGCAUUACUAAGGCUAAUUGCAAAAAGGACUCCAAAAGUUUUUACGUAAGUUAUCGUUAA